GUAGAAACCUUCCUAAGUAACCGUGUCUGUUAAUUUAAUGAGUCGUUCUCUCCGGUUAUAAUUAUGGUGGCGGCAUUCCCCAUCGCUAAACUUGCAUCUUUGGCUGUCAAACAAAUCAGUAAACCUUUGGCAAAUGCCAUAAAGAACAAAGCGAAAGCACAUCCUUUCAUUCGAAAGUUUGUUUGCAUGCCACCUGCUCAAUUGUAUCACUGGGCAGAAGUGAAUGUUAAAAUGCGAGUAAUGGGAUUAGGCAAAGCCAAAGAUGUACAGAGACUAAAUGAACAAAUGGCAACUGAACUUGGAGCAGAGCUUCUUGGAGAGGCUAUAAUUUUCUUUAUUGCAGCAGCUACAAUAUAUGUAGAGUACCAACGCUCUGCCAUGAAAGAGCAGGUGAAAGAAGAAGAAAAAACACAAAAAGUUCGUAGACUUGAAUACCGUAUUCAAGAACUAGACAUAGUAACAGACCAGCAAGAAGCUCGUAUCCGUGAAUUAUCAAGAAUAGUCCUUGAUAUUCAAUCUAAAUUAUGUGAUGUAAAGUCUUCAGAUGCUCCCUGGUUUCGUCAAAAAAAAUAACUGAUUAAUAAUUGUCUUUCAAAUUUAAUAUCAUUUUAGGAUAUCAUUAAUUCUAAAGCUAUCUACUAUAAUGUUACUUUGUUCUGGUGAAUUGUUAGCUAUGAAGACAAAUUCUCCAUUUUACAGUAGUACUGGCAGCUUGACAAGCUUCUUCAUUUCCAAAUAUUAAUUUCCAAUUACUUUUCUGUACAUAAACCAAAACUAAAUUUCUAAAUUAUUUCGUACACUUUGAGAAGCUUGAAACUGAUUGUUUAAAUUCCUGUUAUAAAUUAUAUUUUUCUGA